GAUGUAAAAUGUUCGGCUAUUGUAUGCAAAAGAGCCUGGAGGCGUUAUCAGACCACAAGACUGGUUUCAGCGUAUAGCUACGACGCGUCCGUGAGGAACUGAUCAUAUUAAAUGUGAAGUUAAGUAUUGAUCCAGAGGCGAUCCGGACUGCAGGUAGACUCCCACUUUCUCCGAACUCCGUGUCCAACCUAGGAGUGGUCACGUGGCCCUGCCCAUACAAAUAACUUGCUGUAAAGUUCCCCCAGUCACAGCGAGGCGAACGCUUAUAUCCGAGAUAAUCAGACCCAGCAGCAAUUUGCAGAUAGAGCUUGUCAGCGUUUUACAAGGAACGCGCUGGGCUGUUCGGAUGCAGUUUUCACAACGCGAGCUUCUCUAGGUUUUUUUUUUUAAUAUAUUUUGUUUUAAAAACCUGUUUCAGCGGUAUUUUCGUUGGGUUUGAAAGAAAAGGGAACCGGCGCGGUUCGCAGCUUUCCUGGACCCUGCGUGUGAGCGGCGAGCUGGAAGUCAUCUGCGUGCUUCACUGAAUGAAGUUACUGACUUUUAUCUACCAACACCAGUUCUUAUCUGGCCCUGACGAGAUUAUAAUUACGCGGACAGUUCUUGAUUGUGAUUUAAAUUGAAGAGUUUUGUGCCUUGUUCACCCAGACCACGGGGAUUUCCACUGAAACUGGACCGCUGCACCUGAAAACCUCGGGAGUGCUCUGACAUUUACUCCGGACUCGACAUCAGUUCGUGGUUCAUCAGUGAAGGGGAAGCAGAAGUCCGCACCAGGCCGCUAUAAUGUACCAAAGCUUGGCUUUAGCUCCUAACCAACCUCCCUACGCGCACGAUUCGGGAAACUACAUCCACUCCUCUGCGAGUUCACCUGUGUAUGUACCUACAACUCGGGUACCCUCUAUGCUGCAAACCCUGCCUUACCUCCAGACUUGCGACUCCGCUCACCAGUCUCACAGCUUGGGUAGCCAUCACGGUUGGCCGCAGGCUGGAACAGACACCUCGGCGUUUAACGCCGGCAACCCUCCGGGAUUCAGUUACUCUCACAGCCCCCCGGUCAGCGGCGGUACCGUGAGAGAAGGAGCGUAUCAGAACCCUUUAGUGAUCAGUAACGGCAGCCGGGCAGAACAGUAUGGAAACGCCUUGGUGCGCUCGGUCAAUGGAUCCUACUCUAGUCCGUACCCUACCUACAUGAGCCCGGAGAUGGCGUCCUCCUGGUCACCUGGACACUUUGAGGGCAGCAUGAUCAGCCUGCAGAGCAGGCAAGCGGGACUGUCGGGAAGAAGGUCCAGCCUAGAGCUGUUGGAAGAGUACCCGGGCGAGGGUAGAGAGUGUGUAAACUGCGGUUCCAUUUCGACUCCUCUGUGGAGGAGAGAUGGCACAGGACACUAUCUGUGUAACGCCUGCGGACUCUACCAUAAGAUGAACGGUAUCAACAGACCCCUCAUUAAACCACAGAAACGACUAGUAAGUUGUGUUUUUUGUCGGACGCAGACAUUUCCCUCUAUCACAAUGAACGACAAAGUUUGAUGUUUUGGAUAAUUUAAGAAAUCGAUACUUUUAGAAUAAUAGACCUAUAAAACUCAUAAGCCGAAGGUUCUAAUUCUUAUGAAUUCCAUUUCUGUUUCAUUGGUCUGCUCUUAACGAUAAAAUGUUUCACGAUAAGGUGAGCUCAUUUGCGCCAUACCGUUCAUUAUGAACAAGAAUUACAAUAAAAGUAUUGCGUAGACCAGGCAAAUUCAGCUUUUCGUUAUUUUCGGAGAAAACUUUAAAUUUAUAACAGGAAAUGUGUACAUAAAAGUAUUUUGGCUUCAGGCGUUUCUAAUGAGCCUUGGAUACACAAGCCUAUAUUUCAUACGUUUCUAAUGAGCCUUGGAUAGUCUUGUUGAAUACACAAAUUAGGCGUGUUAAGGGAUGGAGGAAAACCUCAUACACAAUACAAGGUCAACAACUUCCUUGAGAAGGUCAAGUUUGCAAUUGGAGUUAUUCAGGGACCUCUUUCCCAGGAAUAAACUACUUGAGAACCAGCGAUAAAUAAUUUUAGUUUUCGUCCUUCAGAGAUUGUGGCCUUGGUUACUUGUUUUUGGUGAGACUAAAUGAAAAAAGAAAACAAUGUACUGUGUCCUUUUCUUCUCUUUGGGAUGUCUUCUAGUGUUAGUGCAACAGCCAAUGAUAUUUUUGUUAUAGAGACCGUAUUUUGCAUCUUAGUUUGUCAUUAAAACCCCAUAGCUCUUGGAAUUCAGUAGUUAUCACAAUGUAGUACACCUGUAGUACUUUUGUGCUCUGCGGACUCUGUGGGGCUUGUAUUGGUUAAAUAAGGUAAAUAUAAUUAAUUGUAAAGGAGGGUGGGUGGGCUGGCAGUUAUUGACCUUGAGCAAUGAGAAUGCGCAAGAUGACGUUUAAAUGGUGUUUUAUGUGAAGGCUGUGAUCUCGUGAAUCAGAAUUAAAAAUGUGGGGAGGAUACAUUUAGCUGAGAACAUAGGCCUUGUAAUCACAAAAAAAUACUGGAAUGGUUGACAGAACAGGAAUUAAGUGUAAGGGUGAAAACACUGGUUUAUCCACUGGA